UUAACCAAACUUCGGUACCCCAAGCUGCUCCCUCACCUGGACGGUGAAAGUUGUGGAACAACUGUUAGUUAUAACCAGAAAUAACGGUCUACAAGUGUGAACUUUCUUUGUAUUGGAUUGGACGAGAAGGAGAUCGAAAAACCUACACGAUAACGAAUGGACACAAACUGAUCACCGUCGCAACUCGCACACAAAUAUAAGAGGAGUGAGCGGAAAAAGGGCGGCGAAAGCUCGUCACUACUGCUGCUGCGGGGUUAGAGAGUGUGUGAAAAUAAACCCAAAAGAAGAGAAAGACCCUUUUCACCACCAUCGGCAAUGGCUGUCCUCAACUACAUCUCUGUGAACUCUGCCGUGACUCCGAUAUCCCAAGACCCACAAACCCCUCCAAACCCUAGACAGACCCGGGUGGUUCUUCCGAGAAAAAAGCCUCAGAAAUGGUCCACGGGUGUUGCUCCGGGCGAAUACGGAGGCCCACCGACGACGACCAAGCUCCGCAAGUACUGGGGAGGCGAAGAAGAAGAUCCUCUAACCAGCGACGAUUUCAUCUGGAACAAGGAGUUCAUGGGUCGUAUGAAGAGGUUGCUUCAGGAGCCGGACUCGUCCUCUCUUCAAACCCCUCCUAAGCAGCAGGAAGAGCCCUCUGGUUUUUUAAGCCUUACCAGAGUUAUGAGCCUUGACAGUAUGGAAAUUGAUUUGAGCAAGGAGCUUACAGCACCUUCCAAACCAAUAUUGGAACUGCAAGUUGAGACUGCAAGACGAGGUAUUUCGGCAACCCAAAGCACUGGAAAUGCAUCACCCAGAUGGAGACUAGCUCCAACAAGGCGUGAGCAAGAAAAGUGGGAUAGAGCGAGCAAGGCAGCAACAGGGGGCAGUGAUGUGAUGUUUCGUGAAUUAAGGCGUCCGCGAGGGGAUCCACAAGUAUUGGCUGCUCAGUCAAGGGAGCAAUAUUUCAAGUUGAAGAAGAAGUUGCAACUCCUUACUUUGGGUAUAGGUGGUGUUGGUGUAUUCUCUGCUUAUGUAUCUUAUUCUCCAGAGGUUGCAGCUAGCUUUGGUGCAGGAUUGCUUGGUUCUUUGGUGUAUAUACGCAUGCUCGGGAAUAGUAUUGACUCUAUGGCAGAUGGAGCUAAGGGGCUUAUCAAGGGAGCAAUUGGGCAGCCAAGGCUGUUGGUUCCUGUGGUACUGGUUAUGAUCUAUAACCGAUGGAAUGGGCUUCUUGUGCCAGAAUAUGGAUUCAUGCACCUAGAUUUGAUACCAAUGCUUGUGGGGUUUUUCACCUACAAGGUUGCUACCUUCAUUCAAGCCAUUGAGGAUGCUCUGACUGUAGUUGAAAAGAGUACCCAAACCCAAGACUAGAUGGAGGUUUUCAUGAAUUUUGUGGUUGCAUGUUACUUGUAAAAAAGGUGUCUAUUUUCCUCUGCCUUGAAACAGUGACGUGAAGAUGCACAAAACAAGAAGCCAAUACAAACCACAGUGCAUUUGCUGUAUAGCUGGAUGGGUUUUUUGGGUUGGAAGUGGCUGGGGAGGUGAAGGUUUCUCACAUUACCACAUAUAACAUGGACAAGUAUUGCGUGUGAUGAAGAUAAAACCUAGCUAAUAAGAACAUUAUUUUUUUUUUGCCUAGUUGCCUUGCUUUAUUGAUUAUUUUGGCUCUGAAUAUUUUUAGGGAUCUGUUUCUACAUGAAGACAAGAAUCUUAAGAGAUUUGGUUUUUACUGAGA